AUGGCUCUCACUCUCCAGACCGCCAUCCGCGGCGCCACCGACGCAACGGCCGUCAUCGUGCCGUCCAAGCCCCAGGCCCUGACCGUCACCUACCUGGACCUGAUCCGGGAGACGGCGGCCUUCCAGGCCAAGCUGGCCGCUAUCGGCAUCACCAAGGGCUCGCCCGUGUCCAUCGCCACGGUCAACUCGUACGAGUUCAUCGUCUCCUUCCUGGCCGCCUCGUGGCAGCGCGGCAUCGCCGCCCCGCUCAACCCGGCCUACAAGCAGGACGAGUUCGAGUUCUACAUCGAGGACGUCAAGUCGGCCAUCGUGCUCGUGCCCCGGGGCGCCUUCCAGGCCGGCAGCCCGGCCGUCAAGGCGGCCAAGAAGUUCAACGCCGCCGUCGCCGAGUGCUACUGGGACGAGAAGACGCGGUCCGUGGCGCUGGACGUCAAGGAGCUCGGCCAGCUCCAGGGCCUGCCGGCGCAGCCUGUUGCGCAGCCGCAGCCGGAUGAUAUCGCGCUGGUGCUGCACACUAGUGGAACUACUUCGCGGCCGAAAGUGGUGCCGCUUACCCACCGUAACUUGACGAGGACCAUGAAAAACAUCCAGCAGACCUACCAGCUCACGGCCAAGGACCGCACCAUGCUCGUCAUGCCGCUCUUCCACGUGCACGGCCUCCUCUGCGCGCUGCUCGCGCCCCUCUACUCGGGCGGCUCCAUGGUCGUGCCGACCAAGUUCUCCGCCUCGGACUUCUGGCAGGACUUCAACGCGCACAAGGCCAACUGGUACACGGCCGUGCCCACGAUCCACCAGAUCCUGCUCAAGAACCCGCCGCCGAGCCCGAAGCCCAAGAUCCGCUUCAUCCGCUCGUGCUCCUCGCCGCUGUCCCCGACCGUCUUCCACCAGCUCGAGGAGACGUACGGGGCGCCCGUGCUCGAGGCCUACGCCAUGACCGAGGCCGCGCACCAGAUGACCUCGAACCCGCUGCCGCCGGGCAAGAGGAAGCCCGGGUCCGUCGGCGUGGGGCAGGGCGUCGAGGUCAAGAUCCUCGACGAGGCCGGCGGGGAGGUCGCGCGGGGCGCCGAGGGCGAGAUCUGCAUCCGGGGCGAGAACGUGACCAAGGGGUACCUCAACAACCCGGCGGCCAACGAGUCGAGCUUCCACCGGCAGAACGGCUUCUUCCGCACGGGCGACCAGGGCAAGCUCGACGAGGACGGCUACGUCAUCAUCACGGGCCGCAUCAAGGAGCUCAUCAACAAGGGCGGCGAGAAGAUCUCGCCCAUCGAGCUCGACAACGUGCUCACGCGGCACCCGGCCGUGUCCGAGGCCGUCAGCUUCGCCAUCCCGGACGACAUGUACGGGCAGGACGUCGGCGUCGCCGUCGUGCUCAAGCCGGGCCAGAAGCUCGGGCAGGAGGAGCUGCGCGGGUGGGUGGCGGAGAAGCUGGCCAAGUUCAAGGUGCCCAAGAAGAUCUACUUUACGGACGUGAUGCCCAAGACGGCCACUGGCAAGAUCCAGAGGCGGAUCGUGGCGGAGACGAUGCAGAAGCAGGAGGGCAAGGCCAAGUUCCCAUACUUCUCCUCCUCCUUUCACCCUCUACUUUCUCCUAUGGCUCUGCGUCUUGCCGCUUCUUCUGCUCUGCCCCGUUCUACGAUUAGUACCCCCGCCGCCGCUGCUGCCCGUCUAUCCGGCAUCUCAAAGCACAUCAACAACAACAUCGCCCCUUCCGCCCACCUCACCAGACGCAGCAUGUCCUCCGGAGGCCGUCCUUUCGAGUGGCUCGUCGUCGUGCCCGACGUGCCCGGUGCCCUGCAGAAGAGACUUGACGUCCGGCCCCAACACUUCGCCGGCAUCACCGAGCACGUCAAGUCGGGCAAGAUCGUCAUGGGCGGCGCCAUCCUCGACGACGUCCCCGUCGACGACCAGCCCACCAGCCUCAAGUUCGCCGGCAGCACCUUGCAGAUCGUCGCCUCGUCGCGCGACGAGGUCGUCGAGUUCAUCAGGGGCGACGUCUACGCAAAGUCGGGCGUCUGGGACGUCGAGAAGGCCCAGAUCUGGCCCCUCAAGGCCGCUGUCCGGACUCCCGUCAAGCAGUAG